AUGGCCCGCCGAAGCUUUCUGCCCGAGUCGUUUCUGUGGAUCUUCCCCCUGCAACAGGCCGCCGAGCUGAUCAUCGCGCUGGCGCUCUUCAACAAGGCGUACGGGCUCUAUGCCCUUCUGUGCGCCUUCAUCACGCCGCUCUCCUUCACCCAGGUGGUGAUGGCGCUGGUUUCGCUGGCGCUGGUGUUCCCCUACGCCAUGUCCAUCCCCGUGAUCCGCGCUCUGCCCGUCACGGGCUCGGGCCCGGGCGCCCUGGCCUCCACCAUGGCCUCCAUCUCCCCCUCCACCAUGUCUCCCAAAGACAUCAUCAACAAAAUCCCCAUAGUGCUGCUGGCCUGCGUGCUCUACACCUUUGACCUGGUGCUGACCAUCUUCAGCGGCGUCAUUUUCGCCCACGACUGGGCCGAGGACUGCGAGGAGUGCGACGCCGCCGCCGCCGCCAGCACCGCUGCUUCCGUGUCGGCGACCCUGUCAGACGCCGUGUCUGCCACCGCCACUGCCACCGCCACUGCCACCGCGUCGGUAGUCUCGUCGGCCGCAUCUGCCGCCACCUCCGCCGUGUCGUCGGCUGUCUCGUCGGCCGCGUCUGCUACGUCUGCCCUCGUGUCUGCUGCCACCUCCUCCGCCCUCAACGUGGCGACCUCGUCCGUGUCUCCCGACGACGAAACGCGCGUCCGUUUCGGUCUGCGUGACGCCACAGACAGAGACCUGUCGCUGGACUCGGCGUCGCGAGGCCAGGAAACCGCCGCCACCAUCAUCAUCGCCGUCUUCCUGCUACUGGUGCGCAUCUACUUUGCCCUGCUGCUGCUGUCGUACGGCAUCAAGCUGCGGGCCUUGCUCAAACAGCUCAAAACCAACCAGACACAGCUCCAGACCCACGGCCACGGCAGCCGGCUCUCGGUGCCCGAGGCAAACCCUCUGCGUCCGUGGGCACAGAGCCGCCCCUCCAUCGGCGGAGGAGGCAUCAUGGAGCCCAACCCGGGAGCCGGCGACACAGACCCCAUCCAGGGCACGGACUUUGGGCCCUACUCGCCCGACCGCUCGGUCCCGUACUAUCUGGACUCUCUUUGGCGGUCGUUUGCGUUGAAGUCCUUUGAUUUCAUUUCCGGACAGAAGACGUCGAGAGAUGGCGUCUACUGA